GUCAUCAUUCCUCGCUAUGAACGUACCCUUGCCUACAUCAUCUCUGAGCUUGAUGAACUGGAGAGAGAGGAGUUCUACCGCCUCAAAAAGAUCCAGGAGAAGAAAAAACAGGCGAGAGACAAGGCAGAGAAGGAGAAAGAGGCUUUGAAGGCAGCAGGAAAACUAAAGGAGGAAGAGGGAAGAAACAUGAUCGUUGAUGAUAAUGACGAAGAUUUGCUGUUUUAGAUUCUUGAAAUUUUUUUAUUGUCAAUAUAUCAUAUGUGUUAUUAUUGCACAAAGUGAUAAUUGGGGUAUAAUCAUUAAAAAAAAUAGAUUUUAUUAUGUAGAUAAUAUUGUGUUGUGAAGUUUUCUUUGGAGAUAAUAGACACUGAUAUCAUUGUUACUUUGAUAUCAUAGGUUUUGGGUACCAGUGUUUCAGCUGUGUAACAUUUUGUAACAUAUGAAAUGGAUUUAUGUAUUAUAUCUUUUUCCUUGAGAAAUAAUAAGAAAAAGGAAACUUCAUGUCCAAAUUUCAUAAAGUACAUUGUAAUUGGAGUAUAUAAUUUGGUUUCCAGUUGUAUUAGUAUUGAGUCUGUCAACAAUGUGGAUAUAGAAAUUAAAGCCUAAUAGAGAAUAGCUUCCUAUUGGAGAUGUGCUUGUAAUAAUUUAUGUCUUCGUAUGCAUGAGUUAAAGUGCAAAAUGUGUUUCAAAAUAAAAAUAUGCUGGAGUAAUGUAUAAUUAUGUAAAUAGCCUUAUAAUACUCUUGUUUUCUUGAGUUGUUAUGAAAGAGAUAAUAUUAUAUUGAAACAGUUUUACAUUUAUGUGCUCAACAUUCCAUUUCCAUAGAUCAUAGUUGAAUAUACAUGAUUUAUAUAGCUUUUUGUGACAGUAAACUUAAUAAAGUGUAAACAUUUCUUGGUCUAGUAAA